UAGCUGGAUAACGGCACUGAGUAAAACCCAGAACAGGGCCCUGGUUCAGACAGCAGGAUUAUUGAGUUAGCUGGAUAACUGCACUGAGUAAAACCAGGAAACCCUCAAAAAUUUGGAACAUGGACAAAGGAAAAAUAACUGUUCUUGGAACAGUUAUCCAGCUAACUCAGUAAUCCUGCUUCAUGAAAUCACAUGACACAUCUCUGUGUGUAUCCAAACAAAGCACAACAUUUUUUGUGUACAUCCGUACAAUGAAGAAAGAAAUUACAUUUGUCGUUUAUGAAGUGGGAUCCACUUUUUAAACUUGUGAACAGAUCUUUGUGUUUAUUAAUACCCAUGACAGAAAAAGAUUUGUACAGAUUUGUAGAGCAAUAAUUCACAGAAGAAGAGGAAGUUGAGGCGGCAGUGUUGAGGCUGGGGGGCGUAAGGCUCAGCGCGGCUCAGAUCCAGAGAGAACGCUCUAAGUCGCUGGAGUAGUGCAGUCCGUGUGGCUGCUCUCAGCUCUGUAAGAUGUGCCAGGCUCUGCUCGUCCUCCUCGCUCUGGCCGGAGGAGCCGCCGCAGUGGAGCAGCCCGGGGUGAAGGCCGUCCUCAGCGAAAAGGGCCUGCAGUUCGCCACACAGGUGGGCACAGAGUGGCUCCAGGACUACAUUCUGCGGACCCCGAUCCCAGACAUCAGCGGUGACAUCAGCCUCAGUCUGCUGGGCUGUGUGCACUACACCCUCAACAGCAUGUCCGUGUCCCGGCUGAACCUGCCCCUGCCAUCCGUGGGGUUCUCAGAGGGGAAGGGCCUGCAGGUGGGCCUGAGUGGCCUCAACAUGGCGGUGAAGGGCAAGUGGAACACCCGCUACCACAUCAUCAGACGCGACAGUGGAACGUUCCGGCUGGGCCUGUUCAACAUGGGCGUGGCCCUCCUGCUGCAGGUGGGCAGCGAUGACCAGGGUCACCCGACCAUCUCUAGCCUCCAGUGCGACGCCAGCAUCGAGAGCACCGACAUCCUCUUCCACGGGGGAGCCAGCUGGAUCCUCCAGCUGUUCGUGGAGAGUUUCAAGGGUCAGAUCCAUGCAAAGGUCCAGCAGAUGAUCUGCCCAGGGAUUGAGCGGAACAUCCAGGUUUUGGAGCGCUAUCUACAGGCCAUGAACGUCUCCUUUCAGGUCAACUCUGAUUUGCUGCUAGACCUGCCACUCACAAGCCCACCUGUGAUAGAGGCCUCUGACAUCAGUGUGGAUUUGAAGGGUGAGUUUUACAGCACCCACACCCACGCAGAGCCUCCGUUCGCGGCCGGGCCGUUGGAGCUCCCCCCGCAGGACCGCUUCAUGCUGCUGCUGGGCGUGUCCGAGUUCUGCCUCAACUCCGCCUCCUUCGCCUACCUGUCCGCCGGCCAGCUGCAGAUGAACAUCACCAACAACACGUUCCCUGGCUUUCCGUUCAACACCACCAGCUUCGGAAAGUUCAUCCCGCAGCUCCCUGAAAAGUUCCCAGACAUGCUGAUGCUCUUUCACGUGUACGCAUCCGACGCGCCGACGGUCUCCUUCCUGCCGGACAACGCUACAGCGCGGCUCUCUGCGUCCGCCAAGGCCUACGCCAUCAGGCCCGACCAAUCCCUGGCACCGCUCUUCAGACUCGACCUGAGUGCCGACUUCAGCGGGAGAUUCUUAGUGAAGGAUGGGAAGCUGCACGGAUCCCUGAUGCUGAACAAUUUGUCGCUGGCUGUGGGGGCCACUGAAGUGGGGCCGUUUGAGACCGGGCCCCUGCAGAAUGUGCUGGUGGUGGCCACGAGGAUGAUGUUGCAGAAGGUGAACGCCAAUCUGACGGCUGGCAUCUGCAUACCUGCCAUUCCAGGGACCCAGUGGAGCAACACUGUUCUGAAGGUGAACAAGGGGUUUGUGGCCAUCGCUACGGACGCCGCUGUGUCAUCGCUGGGGGGUCAGGAACACUGAAGAGCCCCCCCUCCUCAGGAACACCCCAGGAGUGAUUUUAUUCUUUCUUCCCUUCUUUAGAGUUUAAAUACAAACUCCACUCAGCCACCAACAGGCCAAUGCACACACACACACACACCUCUUACCACACAUACACAAUUACUCGCGUUUAGCUUCAUUUUAAACUUUAUUUUUAAUUAUGAAGAAAUUGUCAUCGGAGAAUGACACCCAGGAAAUGAGUAUUUGAAUAUGGGCUAACAUUAACAUUUGUACAAACUAAUUUACACCAGGCAACAUUAACCUGAAAAAACAAAAACAACUUAAUAAAACAUUUUUUUAAAUGUU